UCGUUUAGUAUCUUAAAGCCGGUCACGCGAUAUGCGCGUCGUUGGUCGUUACAUUUUAAAAUUAAAUAUAAUGAGAUAAUAUUUAAACAGUAUUAUAUAAAAAUAAUGUAUAAUUAAUAGUGAGCAACAACUGUGAUUAUGUCAAAUAGUUAUAAUAUGAAGGAAUUUAGCUCGACGGCAGUCAUAACGGAAAAUGGAGUUUUUCCGUCGACAAUGUCAGUAAACACAAUCAAUACAAAAUGUAAAGGCACAAAUAACGAAGACAAGGGGUAUGACCCGUUUGAAAAUCGUAAUCUGGAUCAGCCGAAUUCAGAUAUAAGAUCAUUUGCCAAUCUUCUCAAGUCGUCAUUAGGAUCCGGCAUAUUGGCUAUGCCAGCUGCUUUUAAAAAUGCUGGAUCAAUCGUCGGUAUCUUUGGUACAAUCCUACUGGGAUACAUUUGCACACAUUGCGUCUAUUUACUGGUAAAAACGUCGCAAGAUGUAUCGAGGGUGUCAAAAGUACCUUCCCUGGGUUAUGCGGAAACAGUUGAAGCAGUGUUCGCUACGGGGCCCCGACCAUUGCGGAAAAUCUCAACAGCGAGCAGGAUAUUUAUAGACUGGGCGAUGGCUCUGACAAUUCUUGGCGCUUGUGCAGUGUAUGUAAUAUUACUCGUCGACUCAGUUCAACAGAUCGUCGACUUCUACUAUGAAAACAACAGUUUGAACAAAGGAAUAUACUGCCUUAUGUUUUUGGUACCAAUUCUUAUUUUUACUCAAAUCAAGAGCCUUAAAUACAUAGCGCCGUUCUCUGGAUUUGCCAACAUUUUGCUGGUGGUGACAUUUUUAAUUUGCCUAUAUUACAUCUGCGAUGAAUUCCCCAAUUUUGAUUCACAACCAAAAUCAAUUGAUAUUCAACGAUUGCCAUUAUUUAUUGGGACUGUGAUAUUUGCAAUGGAAGGUAUCGGCGUUGUACUGCCUGUGGAGAAUACAAUGGCUAAACCACAGCAUUUUCUUGGAUGUCCUGGAGUUUUAAAUAUAACCAUGACGAUUGUAGUUCUUCUAUAUAUGAUUAUGGGUAUUUUGGGUUAUUUAAAAUAUGGAGAACACGCAGCCGGGAGUAUAACAUUGAACUUGCCGACAAAAGAAAUACCAGCUCUCAUGGCAAAAGUAUUUAUAACGUUAGCGAUAUUCUUCACGUACAUUUUGCAAUUCUAUGUACCGAUGGAAAUUGUAUGGCGUAACGUUAAACACAGAGUAACGCAAAAAUACCAUAAUCCUGCACAAGCUAUUAUGAGAGCUGUAUUUGCAGUAUUGACGGUUGCUGCAGCAGCAACACUUCCUCGUUUGGAACAAGUGAUAGGACUGGAAGGUGCAUUUUUCUAUUCCUUCCUAGGGCUGAUCGCGCCCUCACUUAUAGACCUUAUAUUCCGAUGGGAAAGGGAUCUUGGUUCAUACAACUAUGUCAUGUAUAAGGACGCAUGCCUAAUUAUCUUUGGAAUAUUCGUUCUAGUAACAGGAGUGACGCAGAGUAUUAGAGAAAUAAUGAGGACACUGUAAAUUAGUGUUUUAGUUACGUAAUGUGUUUUAAAUUUUGUAAUAAGUGUUCAUUGACUGAAGAGAGCAAAAUAUAAUUUUGUAUGGUUUUAUUAUGUACUUAAUAUAAUAUUUAUCA